AUGGAAUCCAUUAUUAACUGCCAGCUCAUCCGGUACCUUGAGGAUCACCAGCUGAUUAGUGACCGCCAAUACGGUUUUCGUCGGGGUCGAUCAACUGGUGAUCUUCUGGUCUACCUGACCCAUAGAUGGGCGGAGGCAGUAGAGUCCAAGGGGGAGGCGUUGGCCGUUAGUCUGGACAUUGCGAAGGCCUUUGAUCGGGCUUGGCACAAAGCGCUUCUUUCGAAGCUCCCUUCCUAUGGGCUUCCCGAGAAAUUGUGCAAUCGGAUCACCAGCUUCCUUGCAGAUCGGAGCAUCAAAGUCGUUGUAGACGGUGCAUGUUCUGACUACAAGCAUAUUAACGCUGGUGUUCCACAAGGCUGUGUGCUAUCACCAACGCUGUUUCUUCUGCAUAUCAAUGAUAUGUUGCUAACUGGUAACAUUCAUUGCUAUGCGGAUGGCAGCACUGUUGAUGCUGUAUACACCGGCCGUGCCAAUAUUUCUCGGGAAAACGUCGUUGAGUACCGGAACAAACUUGUGUCUGAAGUCGAGUCUUUGCUGAACAAAGUCUAG